UUGAUGCUUAGUCGUGAAAUUACCGUUCGUGAAUACCAAUGAUCAUUGGUUGAUGAUUAAUCGUUGAUCAUGGGUUGAACGAUCCGAUGUUUAGCAACCGGUUUGGUGAAUACGGCCGUGAGUCUUCGACUCCCACUUCGACUUCCGCAUCUCUCUUCCUACAGUAACCUGUUUCUUUAGCAACCACUGUAAAUAUAAACAUUUGUCUGGAAGUGUUCACCUGGUGGACCCACAGUACACGUGCCUCGUUCAUCAGUAUUAGGACUACUAGGAAAAUAAUUCAAGUUAAAAUUAAUGGAUGGAUUAGAAAAAACUUCAGCUUUUCAAUUAGAUGAUGCUGCGGCUGUAGAAUAUUUAAAAGCCGUAACACAAGUUUUAGCUAAAUAUGCGUGGAUAUAUAAUGUCCGUAAUACCGAUAUCUUUCAACAUAACGUUUUAGAAAACAUACCUUUAAGUUGGUGUGAAGUUUUAAAUGAUCUUUCAUGUGAAAAUUUUUGUCAAUUACCAUUUAAUCUUACAAAGGAUAACUGGCCUUUAUCAUUAUCAUCAUUUGUUAGUGAAUGCCAUCAACUUGGAAAUUUCCGAUUUCCACCAAGUACACUUCAAGAUAAGCAGAAAACUGUUGAAAAGUCAAAUUAUGUGCAUGAAAAAGUGGCUUCUAAAAAGCAGUUUGAAAUUGAAGUCAUGGCUAAUCUGAUUGACAGAGUUUGUCAGGAUUUAGAGUGCCAUGUGAUAUUAGAUAUUGGUUCUGGUUUGGGUUAUCUUGAUCAAAUUCUUCAUCAUAAUUUCAAUCUCAAGUGCAUUGGUCUUGAUUCAUCUGUAAAAUAUACUUUGGCUGCUAGAGAUCGUUUAAAGAAAGAUUCCUGCAAAAAUUCAAUGCAACAUAGAACACUAGAAGUAAAAUAUUCAGAAAAAUGUGUUGAAGAUAUAAAAUCCAUAUUAAAUGAAAAAGAGAAUUGGAAAUGCAGUUGCUUUGCCCAGGAAGCAAAUGGUCCUGUGGUGAUGGUGGGCCUCCAUAGUUGUGGAAAUCUAGCACAAGAUAUGAUGAAGUUGUUUUGUCAGAUGGAUGAACUUGCUGCUCUAGUCUGUGUUGGAUGUUGUUACAACAAAAUAAAUCUCAAAGAUUUUCCAAUGAGUAGAACUGCACAAAGUGCUCUGGAAGAAACUUGUAUGAAACACCCAGAAUGGAGGCCAUGCACAUCUGGUCUUAGGCUUGCAGCUCAUGGCACAAGGUCGCACUCCAUCAAUAUGUUAAUGAAUCCACAUACAUUAAAAUGUUUGUUUUACAGAGGUUUGAUAGAAUAUUAUAUUAAAAAAGAAAAUAUCACUUGGCAGCAGCCGAAGAGACAUAUCAGGUCUUCAGAUCUCCUUAAUUUUGAAAUAUAUUGCAAGAAUAUGCUGAGUAAUCAUCCUUUGGGUAAUGAUGAAACAACAUUUAAAAAUUUAAAGAUUUUAUUUGAUGAAAAAGUUCAUCUUUUUCCUAGAGUGAGAAUAUUGUUGGUUUUACAGUUGUUGUUGCAGCCUUUAUGGGAAGGUUUUAUUAUUGUUGAUAGAAUCUUAUAUUUUAGAGAAAAAUCUAUGCGUGCUAAUGUUUUAGCAUUAUGGGAUGAUGCUAAAUCAUCUCGGAAUUUAGCUCUUUGUGUAUAUAAAAGGCAUAUCUUGCUUAACAAGCAGCUCCCGUAACGAGGAAACAUCAUGAUGUUACAUGCAGGAUUAGUACCAAAGAAUUUUGCUUGCAUGUCUGUGUUGAGCACUUGUUUGAAGAAAAUCUCAAUUUUCGCAUGGAAGAAGUAUUGACCGCAAAGCGUGGUCGAGCGUGACUCCGAGGAGUUUUAGCAACGGUCUAUGAAAUCUUCAUCGACGAAAGAUCAGGGUACUGGAGGUGGAUCGCUACGACGUUGAUGAGCUAGUGAAAGAACAUAUCCAGAAUUUCAGAAAAAAAAUACGAAAUUGCAUUCUGUACCAACAAAGAAUUUUGGACGAGAUCGGAUCGGGAGAGAGGAGAAUAAUAACCUCAGUGGAGUAACAAUUUUCUGGGGAAUAAGGGAGAUAUGGGAAAUUCUUGC